GCCAAUGGACGCCUGCCGAGCCCCUGGAGAAUUCUGGAUACCAGCUUUGGACGCCUAAAGUUUUUCCUUCUUUUUGUUUUAUUACCAUUAUUCUCAUUUUUGGAGGGAGGACGGGGGCAGAUUUGUCGCCGCCACCAACGUGAGAUUUUUUUUUUUCCCCCUUGAAGGAUUCCUGCUGAUAUCUGCAGAGUCGGUUAGAGUGAAAACGGCGCAUGCCUUCCUGGAUCCGUAAAUUCUGACGUAGCCCGUGCAUCUUAAAACCCCCUAUAAUAACGCCUAGGCAUUUAAGUUGCUAUGGUCAUUCUGAUCUCAAACCAAAUGGAGAAACUACGGAUUUUUUUUCCUUAUUACGGUCGGAUGGGAUGAAGACCUUCCUGCCUGCUGAGAGCCGCGGAAUCUAUCUGUAGAGAUACAUAGAUACGUUUAUCAAUAUGUCAGUGUGUGAGUAUAAAGUGGUGGCUUCUUAGACUAUCCGUGGUUUGACCUUGAACCUGUGCCAGUGAAACAGCAGAUGACUUUUAUUUAUCCAUUUAAUGGAUUGAAGAAAAGGACCUUUUUUCUCUCUCUGCAACUGCAGUAAGGGAGGGGAGUUGGAUAUACCUCGCCUAAUAGCUCCUGGGUUGGCACCAUCAUUAUUGUUUAUCGCUGUGCUCCGAAAGCCGAGUCUUCUGAUGGCUCCCCUAGGUGAAGUUGGGAACUAUUUCGGUGUGCAGGAUGCGGCACCGUUUGGGAAUGUGCCCGUGUUGCCGGCGGACAGCCCGGUUUUGUUAAGUGACCACCUGGGUCAGUCCGAAGCAGGGGGGCUUCCCAGGGGACCUGCAGUCACGGACUUGGAUCAUUUAAAGGGGAUUCUCAGGCGGAGGCAGCUCUACUGCAGGACUGGAUUUCACUUAGAAAUCUUCCCCAAUGGUACUAUCCAGGGAACCAGGAAAGACCACAGCCGAUUUGGCAUCCUGGAGUUUAUCAGUAUAGCGGUGGGCCUGGUCAGCAUUCGAGGCGUGGACAGCGGACUCUACCUCGGCAUGAAUGAGAAGGGAGAGCUGUACGGAUCGGAAAAACUAACCCAAGAGUGUGUAUUCAGAGAACAGUUUGAAGAAAACUGGUAUAACACGUACUCCUCGAAUCUGUAUAAACACGUGGACACUGGAAGGCGGUUCUAUGUCGCGUUAAAUAAGGACGGGACCCCCAGAGAAGGAACGAGGACUAAACGGCACCAGAAAUUCACACAUUUUUUACCCAGACCAGUGGACCCCGACAAAGUACCCGAACUCUAUAAGGGUAUCCUAAGCCAAAGUUGACAAAGACCGUUUCUUCACUUGAGCCCUUAAAAAAGUAACCACUA